AGCUUUACAGAAUGAAUCAUUUUAAAUUUCAUACAGGCACAAACCCAGAAGCUUCGGUCCAGUUUUCCGACUAUAUCAUGGCGGCACAGAUGGCGGUAAAUUCAGGAGCCAGUCUGUGGGGGCCACUAAAAGAGCUAUGGGAAACGGUGGACGGAGCUGUGUUGAGGAAACAGCCGGAGAGCGUCCACCUCCUGGACAUGCAGCUGAAGAAACACAAACCGCACUUUCUGUCACUCUUUAAGAACCCGCCAAAGAGUGCCGAGCAGAGAGAGAAAGUGCGUAAAGCCAGCACAGAAGGCAUCGCCAUCCAAGGGCAGCAGGGGGCCAGACUCCUUCCAGAACAGCUUCUGACGGAGGCUUUCAUCCUCAGCGAUCUGUUUGAUAUUGGAGAGUUGGCAGCUUUGGAGCUUCUGCUGGCAGGUGAACAACAGCAGCCCCAUUUUCCAGGUCUGACACGAGGUCUGGUGGGCGUGUUGCUCUACUGGGAUGGAAAACUUUGUAUGGCCAACUCACUACGUACGCUCAUCCAGUCACGACAUGGAAAGACCUUCACCCUGGAUCUGAGUGGAGAGCUGGUGGCUCUGACAACACGAUUCACAGACGAGCUGAUGAGCCAGGGUCUGACCAAACGCAUCCUAACCCUGGUGUCAGAGAUAAGUGUGACGCGGGAGUUUGAACGGCUGCAGAAGGAGCGAGGCCUGGGAAAUGAGAAGCACAGGAAGGAGGUUUCUGACCUCAUCAAAGAAUGCCGACAGGCGCUCGCAGACAGCUUGUUUUCUUGGACCUGCCAGUCGCCCUUGACUAAAGAGGACACCCUGGCUCUGAUUGGCCACCUGGAGACAGUGACAGCUCAAGCUGAUGGCUCACUGGACAGCGUGAACCUGUCCCUUGUUAUGGCGUUGCUCUACUGCUUGGAUGUCAGCUUUAUAGAACAGGGGACUGAAGACAGAGAAGAUCUGCUCCAGGCCCUUCCUUUGCUGACAGAGAGGCAGUAUGUUUCUGCAGUUCACAGUCGUCUGAUGGACGGUCAGCCGUGGAAGCUUCCAGGCCUGCAGGCUGUGUGUCGACUGGCCUGGGCUCUGUCUCUGAGAGUCCUGUCCCAGCUACCACAGGGUUCUGCUCUGGUCGAGUUCACUGAGGCCGAUGAGGCUCUGGCUGAUCAAGCUCUCCUGGGAGACGUCUUCCUGUUUAUGAAGGAGGGCAUGCUGGGAUGUGAAACUUUUGCCCGGGAAGAGUUUUUCAUUCGCCGCCUCCAUUCGCUCAUUACAGACUUUCUGGCACUUAUGCCGAUGAAGGUGAAGCAGCUUCGUAAUCGUGCCGACGAGGAUGCCCGUCUGGUGCACAUGUCCCUACAGAUGGACAGCGAGCUUCCAUCAUCGUUACGCAAAGACCUAGACCACCUCAUGAUUUUGAUUGGAGAAUUUUACAGCAAAGACCCGUUUGGGCUGGAGCUGGGUCUGGAGUUCUGGUGUCCCACAGAGUCUCUCCAGCACACUUCCUUGCAGGGAUCCUACCUGGGAAUGGCCCUGCAAAGGCCUCCACAUAAACAGGUGGUUUUGUCCAAGUUUGUGCGUCAGAUGGGAGACCUCCUGCCCUCCACCCUGUACAUCUCCUAUCUCCGCAUGCUAAAAGGCCUCGCCAACGGUCCUCAGUGUGCCCACUACUGCUUCAGUCUGCUUAAAACCAACGGAGCUACACACAGUGACAACAUCCAGGGAGUCUCCGGCAGUCCGGUGUCGUGGGAACAUUUCUUUCACUCCCUCAUGCUGUACCACGAGAACCUGCGACGAGACCUUCCAAACCCAGAUGCUGCCCACUACCGCCACCCGCCGCUCAGAGGAAUCACCCAGAGAGAAAUGGAAGGACUGACCUCAUUUCUGCAGUUGCUCACCACCAUCAUCACAUGGAGUGAAAAUGCGCGACUGGCGUUAUGUGAGCAUCCCCAGUGGACCCCGGUUGUGGUGAUGCUGGGGUUGCUGCAGUGCAGUGUUCCUCCCAUCCUGAAGGCUGAGCUCCUGCACUGCCUGGCAGCUUUUGGGAAGUCACCAGAGAUCGCAGCUUCACUGUGGCAGUCGCUGGAGUACACACAGAUCCUUCAGACAGUGCGAGCCCCAGGACAGAGGCAAGCAGCAGGAAUUGAGGUGGAGCUGAAUGAGAUCGAGUCGAGCUGUGAGGAGUAUCCUCUGACACGAGGCUUCUGUCAUCUGAUCAGCACGUUGGUCGAGAGCAGCCUGCCUGUUAAUUUGGGGGCGGGGCUUCGUGUUCCAGGAUUUCAGCCCUACCUGAACUUUCUGCGUGACUCUGUGUUCCUGCCCUUCCCCACCAGAGCGUAUCGUCGUCCAGCUGAGAAGUGGGAGGUGGCCGACUCUGUCCUGGAGGUGUUCCACAAGCUCCUCCGGGACUACGAGCCUCAGCCGUCAGACUUUGUCCAGGAGGUGGUGGAGCUGCAGGGGGAGCAGGUCCCGGCCCACAAGCCCCCCGGCCACAGCAUCAUGUUCCAUCUGCUCAACGACUCGCCCAUGCUGGCGCUCUGCCUCAGCCUGCUGGAGGAGGGCGUCCGCCAGCUGGACACCUACGCCCCCUUCCCUGGUAAGAAGCACCUGGAGUCGGCGGUGCUGCACUGCCUGUGUCUUCUGGAUCUGGCUCUGGAGAAAGAGGUGGUGUUCAUGGACCUUCUCAGGGAGAGUCAGUCCUCUCUUCUGGUUUCUCCUCUGGAGCAGCUCCUGCAGGGCGUCAGUCCUCAAACACGACGGGCUGAUCACAUUGUCAAUAUAGCUAGGUAUCUGUAUCACAGCAGCUCAAACCCAGAGGCUGCUUUCCAGAGUGCCAAGAUCCUGCGCCGCAUUGCCAACUACCCCAACAUCCAGAUCAGGCUGGUGGGAGAUUUCACACACGACCAGGCUGUUAGUGACAAGCUUAUGGCAGGAUUUGUUGAAUGUCUGGACAAUGAAGAGGCAGAGGAGGAGGCAGAGAAAGGAGACGAUUCAGACGCACAAAAGAAGGUGGCAACAAUCCGACAUGAGACCCAGAUCCAUAUCCUGAACCUGCUCAUUACCUCGUUGGACCUGAAGACGCCCAACCUCGCCCUUUAUCUUUUGGGUUAUGAAGUCAAGAAGCCUGUUUCUUCCACCAACCUCCAGGACCCAGGCGUGUUGGGUUGUCCACGUAGCUGCCUGCACGCCAUCCUGAGUUUACUGCAGAGAGGCACUGAGAAGAGAUCAGGACCUGUCCUCACACAGGAGGCCCCACACCUGGCAGAGCUCUGCUACCAGGUGAUCUACCAGCUGUGCGCCUGCCCAGACACAUCUGGACCCACCAUGCGCUAUUUGAGGACCAGCCAGGACUUCCUGUUCUCUCACCUGCAGCACCUCCCCUUCAUCCUGCCCGGCAACCAGAUUGCUGCCCUCUCCCAGAUGUCUUGGCUCUUGAAAACAGCUGCGAUUGAGCUGAGAGUGACUUCACUGAACCGUCAGCGAUCGCAUACGCAGCGCCUCAUCAGCCUCCUGCUGGACGACCAACCACACACUCAGCACACAGCUGAUGGGGAAUCAGGCAUGGAAGAAGAGACCAGAUCCGUCAGCGGUUUUCUGCAUUUUGACACAGUCUCUAAAGUGCGCAGGAAGUUGCUGAGCGUGCUGGACGCCAUCGAGUUCAGUCAGGACAUGCCCGAGCUGCUGCAGCUGGAUUUCUUCGAGCGCACUCAGAUAGAGCAGGUGAUCUCCAACUGCGAGCACGUCAACGAGCAGGGACACACCGUCUGCAACGUUAAGCUGCUUCAUAGAGUGCUGGUCGCUGAGGUGAACGCGCUGCAAGGAAUGGCAGCAAUCGGACAGAGGCCCCUGUUAAUGGAAGAGGUGAACUCCAUCCUCCAGCAGGUGGUGGAACGUAAUCGCGUCCGUCGCAGUCUGAGCGCAAAGCGGCAUGCGCUGCAGUCCUGGAGGAGCCUGGUGGAGACGCUGCUGACCGCCUGUCCGGUCGAUGUCAUACCUGCUGAUGACCGGCAGCUCAUCAUCAGAGACCUGCUGCUGGACCUGCAUGAUAAGGUGUUAUCUGAAGAUGCAGCAGGAGAACUGAUGCCCAUUGUUGCUGGGGCAGUCUUCACUCUGACAGCCCACCUCAGCCAAUCAGUGCUGUCCGAGCAGCAACAGGGGGUGGGAUUAGAAGCAUCCUCAGGAUUUGCCUCCAUCGCCAACUCUGCCCUUCACCUGAUCCUCCGCAAGCUGCUGGACUUCAUCCUUUGUACUGGAGGUGGAUACCAGCGUCUGCGUGCUCACCUGUAUGGCUCUCUGCUGUAUUACCUGCAAAUCGCACAGAAACCUGAAGAACCAGACACUCUGCAGACAGCCGGGAAGGCGAUGUGGGAGCGACUCACAGCUCCUGAAGAUGGUUUUUCUAAACUACAGAGGGAGAAUCUUGCCAUCAUAGAGAGCUAUGGCCAGGCUCUGAUGGAGGUCGUGUGUAGAGAUGCCUGUGACGGCCAUGAAAUCAGCAGGAUGCUGGCUCUGGCAGUGCUGGACCGGAUCCUGUCUAUAGACCGUCAGAAUCAGUGGCUGGUCUACGUCUGUAACAGCGGCUACCUGCGGUCUUUAGUAGAGAGUCUCAGACAGGAUGACGGCGCCCUGCAGAGCCUCCUCACACCUCAGCCUCCCCUCCUCAAACCGCUCUACAUCUAUGAAAGCAAGAUGGCUCUUCUGACUCGUGUGGCUAAGACAGGCCAGGGAGCGGUGGAGCUGCUGCGCUGUGGGCUGGUGGUGCAGCUGAUCGAGUGUCAGGUGUUUGACAUGGUACCUGACAGCGAUGCACACAGAGUAAUGAGGGACCCAUCAGGCUUCAUCCCCAGCCCUAUGGACCGCUACAGGCAGAUUCUUUUACCAACCUUGAGGCUGUUUCAGGUGAUCCUGACGUCUACCUCCAUAAAUCACCAGCAGGGGGCAGCGCAGGUCCUCCAGUGGCUGAUAGUUCAUGCAGACACCAUCCAGUCUCUCCUGCGCUGCCAGGAGCUCAGCAUGGGAGCUCUGCAGGAGAUCUCUUUACUUACAGGAAUCAUCAGUAAGACGGCUCUGCCAGGUGCCCUGGAGAUGGGUGGAGAGGUCAACGGUGCUGCACUCAUGGAGUUCCAGGGUCACAUAAACAGAUUCCAGCGCCUCUGUCUGUCGCUGCUCGGUCGUCUGGCUGGAGGUGAACGGGAAAGGUUGCUGAAGCAGGCUGAGAUCUCUGCUCCUGGAGACUCUGCAGAGCGACGAGAAGAGAUGGAAGUGGCCAUGCAACAGGUGUGUGCUAACAUCAUGGAGUACUGCCAAACCCUCCUGCUGCAGAGCUCAGCCCAGGCUCAGUUCAGCAUCUGCCUCUUCAGCCCGUCAGGCAGCGAGCCAGCUGGCAGGGACGGAGGACGCACCGAUCUCUCCUCCACUCUGCCAUCAGUGGCGUACUCCAGAGUCCCCAGUCUGGGUCUGGUCCUGUACCUGCUGAAGAACAGCGCUGCAGAUUUCUUCAGGUUCCAUCAGAGUCACAGACAGAGCUUGGGGAAGCUGCAGAGCCUGGACCAGCUUCCUCCUGAGGAGCUCAAGGAGUUGUGCCAGGGCCUGGUGUCAGGCCCAGGAGGGGUGGAGAAAAUCUCGUCAGUCCAGAGGAACUUGCUGGCCAAGAGACGCCUGGUCCAGCUCAUCAACAACAGAGCCAAGCUGCUGGCCCUCUGCUCCUACGUCAUUGAGACCUGCUUAUUUGUGCUGUGGCGCCACCUGGAGUACUACCUGCUGCACUGUACCCCCACUGACCCCAAAGACUCUCUGCUGCCCGGAGCCGGCUUGUUCAGAUCACGGCUGACAGAUGACUCUUUUGGCGGGUUGCAGGCGAGUGGAGGCCGAGGACUGGGCCUGUCCAGAGUCAGUCAACAAGACCUCGACCUGCUGAAAAGCGACAUGGCUGCAGGAUUCGGCGAGGCUCUGCAGAGGAAGCUGCUGGAGGUGGAGGGUCUGUACAGCCAGGUCCGCUCCCGCUACACCUUCAUCCAGGCCCUCGUCCGCAGGAUCCGCGGCCUCCUCCGACAGCCCAAAAGCUGAAACAGGAAUACAAAAAGACUGACCAAAACCCAAACCCUCCCUCUCUUACCGAGCAGAAAGAUGAGCAACGACAGAAAAGUUUUAAGGACUCUGAAUUUCGGUUAGUUUGCUUUUUUCUGGCGACACCUUCAUUUCUAUCGUGGGAUGCUAAACUUUGUGCCACCAGUUCUAAUUAUGCUGACUAACUCUGUGCGAUGAGCAUUUUUUGAAGAAAAAUGCAGACUUGCAAAACAUCGUAUGAAAUUUUUACUUGUUGAGAGAAAGUUUGAUAUUAUUUGUUUGAUCUGAUGUCUCUUUUUUCCCCUUUAGUGAAAAUAAACGUUUUCUAAAUCUGUUAAA